AUGGCAAUCACGCACAAAUUAGUUCUUGGGACAUGGAAAAUUGGAUACAACAUUCAUUCCAUUACAGGCCUCCUUCUCACAGCCUUUGUGAUUGCUGCUUUUUAUCUAACAGCAGAUAAUCGACAGGUACUCGAAGAGCAGACAACAACUCAUGAUUCUAUUCCGCGCUGUGAUUUGUUUUCAGGCAAAUGGGUUUAUGAUAACAUAUCUUACCCUCUGUACAAGGAGAAACAAUGUUCUUUUAUGGAGGACGACUUUGCGUGUGAGAAGUAUGGUAGGAAGGACUUGAAUUAUCAGCAAUGGCGAUGGCAACCUCAUGACUGUGACCUUCCAAGGUUCAAUGCUACGGCAUUGUUGGAGAAGUUAAAGGGGAAGAAGCUUGUAUUUGUAGGUGAUUCCUUGAAUAGAAACCAGUGGACAUCAAUGUUGUGCCUUAUUGAGUCGUCGAUCCCUUUAUCAUCAUCUAAAUCACUGAUCUGGAAAGGCAACUCCAUCAUCUUUAAAGCCACUGACUACAAUGCCACCAUCGAAUUCUAUUGGUCUCCUUUGCUGGUUGAAUCUAAUUGUGAUGACAUAGUAAAUCAUCGAGUAAAAGCCCGUAUAAUUAGAGUUAAGUCAAUUGAGAAGCAUGCUAGCCACUGGACAGAUGCAGAUGUACUCAUAUUUGAUUCCUUUGUGUGGUGGUUGGAGCCAAAAAUGACACUUCUAUGGGGAUCAUUUGAAAGCUCUGGUGCAAUCUAUAAAGAAGUCGGGAUGAAACUGCGUCGCUAUGAAAUGGCAUUGAAUACAUGGUCAGACUGGCUGGAUAUCAACAUUAACAGAACUAGAACAAAACUGUUCUUCAUGAGCCUCUCACCUUUCCACAAUUUAGGUGAAGAUUGGGGCAUGGAUGCAGGUCGAAAUUGUUAUAAUGAAACCAAGCCAAUUUUGAACGAGGGGUAUUGGGGAAGUGCAACAGAUCGUGAAAUGAUGCAAACAGUUGAAACAACAAUACACGAUCUCGAAAUGAGAGGUUUAAAGGAGGUUUUGGGUGCCUCUAACCGAAGAGCAAAAAGCAAACCCCAAGAGCUAUUCAGAUUGUGUGCAUUGGUGUCUUCCAGGAGUGCCUGA